UAUCUGGCUUCACACUGUGGUCGCGCUGCUGUGUGCGUGUUUGGCGGACAGAGGCGCGGAGAAGAUGGCAGACGGGGCUGUUGUAGACGGAGACAAACUCAGCAAAAAGACAUUGGCAUCAUGUUGACUCUGGUCAGAAUAUGCAGGCUGCAAGCGUUAAGGGCACAGACGUUUGCGCUUCCCAGCCCGCAAACCCUGCCUUUGCUUAUACAAGGAUGUCGUUGGAGAAGUGACAAAAGUGAGCUGAAGAGGCGCAUGAAAGCUGAGAAGAAGGCUGCUGAGAAGGAAGCCAAGGUCAAAGAACAGCAGGACCAGGAGACCAAUGACAAGCCACAGCAAAGUGCAUAUGGGGCCGAUGAGGAAACCCUAGACCCAAAUCAAUACUUCAAGAUACGUACGCAAGCCAUUCAAGCCUUGAAGGGAACUUCUGAAGCCCCGUAUCCUCACAAAUUCCAUGUGGACUUAUCGCUUACGGACUUUAUUGAGAAAUAUAGCCACCUACAACCAGGAGACCACUUAACAGAAAUCAUUCUCAGUGUAUCAGGUCGUGUCCAUGCUAAAAGGGCUUCAGGUGCCAAGCUACUGUUCUAUGACCUGCGAGGGGAGGGAGUCAAGUUGCAGGUCAUGGCGAAUUCCAGAAACUACAAAUCUGAAGACGACUUUGUGCACAUUAACAACAAAUUAAGACGUGGGGACAUCAUUGGCAUCCAGGGAAACCCUGGCAAGACCAAGAAGGGCGAGUUGAGCAUUAUCCCAAUCGAGAUGACCCUGCUAUCUCCAUGUCUACAUAUGCUUCCCCAUCUUCACUUUGGCCUGAAAGACAAGGAAACCAGGUUCCGACAGCGAUAUUUAGACUUGAUUCUUAACGACACAGUGAGACAAAAGUUUGUCACCCGUGCCAAGAUCAUCACCUAUCUCCGCAGCUUUCUGGACCAGCUUGGGUUUCUUGAGAUUGAGACUCCAAUGAUGAAUCUGAUACCUGGUGGAGCUGUGGCAAAACCAUUUGUCACCUACCACAAUGAGCUCAACAUGAAUCUCUACAUGAGAAUUGCUCCUGAGCUUUACCAUAAGAUGUUGGUUGUUGGAGGAAUGGACCGUGUGUAUGAGAUUGGGCGUCAGUUCCGUAAUGAAGGCAUCGAUCUCACCCACAACCCAGAGUUCACCACAUGCGAGUUCUAUAUGGCUUAUGCAGACUAUCAUGACCUGAUGGAAAUCACAGAGAGACUUCUCUCAGGAAUGGUGAAGCAUAUCACUGGAGGUUACAAGGUGACCUAUCAUCCUGAUGGUCCAGAGGGACAAGCCUAUGAAAUUGACUUCAGUCCUCCCUUCAGACGAAUCAGUAUGACACAUGACCUGGAGAAGGAAAUGGGGGUGACGUUUCCGGCUCCUGAAACCUAUGACAGUGAUGAAACACGCAAGUUCUUUGAUGAACUUUGUGCUCAGAAAGGAGUUGAAUGCCCUCCGCCUAGGACGACUGCUCGUCUCCUGGAUAAGUUGGUGGGAGACUUCCUGGAGGUGAAGUGCAUCAACCCAACGUUCAUCUGUGAUCAUCCACAGGUCAUGAGUCCUUUGGCCAAAUGGCACAGAUCACAAAAAGGUCUAACUGAGCGCUUUGAACUCUUUGUCAUGAAGAAGGAGAUUUGCAAUGCGUACACAGAGUUGAACGAUCCCAUCAGACAGAGAGAGCUGUUUGAGCAGCAAGCUAAGGCCAAGGCAGAAGGUGAUGAUGAGGCCAUGUUUAUUGAUGAGACCUUCUGCACUGCUUUAGAGUAUGGCCUUCCACCCACAGCGGGAUGGGGCAUGGGCAUUGACCGCCUCACAAUGUUCCUCACGGACUCCAACAAUAUCAAGGAGGUCCUCCUCUUCCCUGCCAUGAAACCUGAAGACAGUAAGCCAGCUCUACCUGCAGAGGGCACUUCAGUGUAACGCUGACACUGACGUAGAGUAAAAUGCACCUGAGGAUUUCAUCCAUCUCUGGAUUUCUUGAUUCAACGUGACCUGUCCAAGAUAUUGCCACUGUUGAGGGUUAUUUCCUGAAUAUUAAAAACCUAUGCAUUGUGUCUCUACUUAUAAUUUCAGCAGUUGUUUUAAUGUAUGGCGGUUUUAUGGGGAAUUGGAACCAUGUUUUCCUUUUUCUGUUGCCCAUUGUCGAUUUCCUCAGUUUUGUGCCCUGGGGUAAAUAAGCAGUUUGUCUAGCAGCUAUGUUUGGAUGUUUUAUGAUCUGUCCAACUUUUUUAACAAUCGUGCAAUGGCUGAGCAAUUUAAUCACAAUAAAUAAUUGAUCAGACAAACUUAAAAAUUUGAGUGGUUUUCCCCAUGUGUCACAGAUGUCUGUCUUGUCCAUUUGUACCCUUUUGCUUUUUUCAAUGACAGGAAAUUAGUUUUAUCUGAAAGAUGUUAGAUCACAGAAAAAUCCCUGAAAAUGUCAUUCUAUUGGUGUGUUCAAGUCAUGUUGGAAUGAUUGUAAUUACAAGUUGAGCGCAUAUGAACGCCACCACAAAGUCAUAAUUACAAAUGUGAUAAUCUGGA